GUAACCCCGCCCCUUCCUCUGUCCGUAAGCCCCCGUUCCUUCCUUUUGGUACGCUCCAAGAUGGUUGCCUCCAUGGUGCGGUGCGGGAUUCUCCUGGCGCGGCAAGUGGUUCCGUCUCAGCUCUUCCCUGCAGGUAAAAGAUGCCUGCUUUCUGCCGCCUAUGUAGACAGCCACAAAUGGGAAGCAAGAGAAAAAGAACAUUGCCAUCUUGCUGAUCUCGCAUCUUUAAUGGAUAAAACAUUUCAGAGAAAGUUGCCUGUUAGUUCUUUAACAAUAUCACGGUUUGUAGACAACAUUUCUUCUCGGGAAGAGAUAGAUCAUGCAGAGUAUUACCUUUACAAAUUUCGACACAGCCCCAACAGCUGGUACCUGAGAAACUGGACUGUCCACACCUGGAUUAGGCAGUGUCUAAAAUACGAUGCACAAGACAAAGCCUUAUAUACCCUUGUAAAUAAGGUUCAAUAUGGAAUUUUUCCAGAUAACUUUACAUUCAAUUUACUGAUAGAUUCCUUCAUAAAGAAAGAAAAUUACAAAGAUGCUUUAUCUGUGGUUUUUGAGGUCAUGAUGCAAGAAGCCUUUGAAGUGCCUUCCACCCAACUUCUCUCCCUAUAUGUUUUGUUUCAUUGCCUGGCAAAGAAGACAGACUUCAGCUGGGAAGAGGAGAGGAACUUCGGUGCAUCCCUAUUGCUUCCAGGUCUGAAACAGAAAAACUCAGUGGGUUUCAGUUCCCAGUUAUAUGGCUAUGCACUUCUUGGGAAGGUGGAAUUGCAGCAAGGGCUACGAGCUGUGUACCACAACAUGCCUCUGAUAUGGAAGCCAGGCUACCUUGACAGAGCCCUUCAAGUGAUGGAGAAAGUAGCUGCCUCUCCGGAAGACAUAAAGCUGUGUAGAGAAGCGCUCGAUGUGCUGGAUGCUGUGCUAAAGGCUCUGACUUCUCCAGCUGAUGGGGCUUCAGAGGAACAGUCCCAAAAAGGUGAAGACAACCAGGAGUCAGAAAAACUGGUGGAGCAGUUAGACAUUGAGGAAACAGAACAGUCCAAACUUCCUCAAUACCUGGAACGAUUUAAGGCCUUACAUUCGAAGCUUCAGGCUCUGGGCAAAAUUGAGUCAGAAAGUCUUUUAAGUGUGACCACGCAGCUUGUGAAGGAAAAACUCUCCACCUGUGAAGCAGAGGACAUCGCCACCUAUGAGCAGCAACUGCAGCGGUGGCAUCUAGACCGUGUACACUUGAUCCAGAGAGAGCAAGAACAGAGGGAGAAAGCAAAACAGGAGUUCCAGGCUCGGAAAGCAGCAAAGGCAUCUGCCUAAGAGGGUCCCCCAGGGCCCAACCCCUCCCACAGAACUUCACUCGACCCCAUGCCAGGACUCAGCAGUGGCCUGCACAGCAGCCUCAGCUUCCUCUACCCACCUUCUCCUUUUCUUAAAGCAGGCUAUGUGCUCUACAUGGCAAGGCACCAUGACUCCCCACUGAGAUGCCAAGAAGGGUACUGUGGAAUGAGGCAGGUGGCUCGUGGUCAGACUGAAGUCACCGACCAAAUACUUUUAGGAGGGCUCUUGAGGUUCAUGAUGGAGUUCCUGGGGCACAGGGAUUAGUUUUGAGCAUUAAAGUUCCUAAGACCCAGUGAAGGUACUGGGAGAAACCAAGGCUAAAGAGUCAGGUCUAAAGCACAGGCUUUUGUUUUUGGGGUUUUUGUUUUUUGAGACGGAGUCUUGCUCUGUCACUCAGGCUAGAGUGCCGUGGUGCAAUCUCGGCUUACUGCAGCCUUCGACUCCCGGGUUAAAGCAAUUCUCCUGCCUCAGCCUCCUGAGUAGGUGGGAUUACAGGUGUGUGCCACCACAGCCAGCUAAUUUUUUUAUUUUUAGCAGAGAUGGAGUUUCACCAUGGUCUCAAACUCCUGACCUCAAGUGAUCUGCCCGCCUCGGCCUCCCAAAGUGCUGGGAUUACAAGCGUGAGCCACUGUACCCAGCCAAACACAGGCUGUUGAAUAGUCUCCCUCUCCCCAGCCCAGGCACAUGAGGCCAAGGUGAACUGUGCAUCCUGAGACCUUGUGUCCCUGGAGUCUUCUUUCUGCCACAUCUCGCCCUUCUGGACCUGCACUGGGGAAAUUCAGGACAGGAGUGAACUCAAGGCCAUGAACCAAGUGGAUUUCAAUUUUUAGGCCCCCACAGGGACAUUUUUAGGAUGUAAGAGUUUGAGCAGAGAGUCGGCUCUAGCAUGAAGCCUUUUUAGCUUGCCUUUGCCAUCGUGUUGGGGUAACUUUUUUUUCCCAACUUAUUUUUUCCAAAACAUUGUCUCAACUCCUUUAUCAACUAGGUAAAAAUGAGCCUUUUGUGUACACACAGGCACAUGUGCACACAUACAGCUUGUGAACACACAUUUACACAUUUCUGUUAAAGAAGUUAGAAAGUGAGAGAUGGAACUUGAAGUGCAUAGAAGGUAUGAAUAUUGUAAAACUGUCAGGAGACGGAAAAUGCCUUUUUGAGGUUUCUUCUGUGAAAGGGUUCAGGGCAGAUUUUGCUUACUGCGUAGCGUUGCUUUUAGGUAUAGUGGUAUAAUUUUAUUCAAGAUUGUGCCCUUUGAUGAAAAACCUCUGGAAAUAAAUGUUCUGGGAUUAUGUUGGUGGAUUCUUUAUCUUUAGGGGAAGGGAGGAAGGAGAGAGGGACUCAUCAGUAUUGUUACUAAGAUUUUGAGGAGUAUGUUUUCAACCCUCCUCCAUUAGACUGUGGGAUUUAUUAUAAUAAUGGUAGCUACCACCACUAAUAUUUAUUAAGGUCUUAACUGUAGGCCAAAAACCCAAGCAGCCCUAUGAGGGAGGUAGCAGUGUCCCUAUUUUAUAUAACUAAGCAACUCUCCUGCUGCUCAUCUCACUGCCUGUGGCCUCUGUGUAGAGCUGCAGUCAGGAGCCAACACAGGGCCCUUUAGGCAGCAAAGCUGCAGAGUCUUAGGCAGAGGGCUGUGACCAAAAGUCAGUACCGACGUUUUGGUUUACCAACGGGGGCUUUUUCAGCCACUCCCUCAUGACAUUCAAGACAAAUCAAAAGGCAACUUUUGCUCAGUAAUGACUGUCACAACAUGAAAUAUCUGGUUAAGGCUUUGGCUCAUCAUUUUGCCUUCAUUUUUCCUCCCCCUCCAGCCCCAACGUUUACUCCCAGACUUUACCAAAAGAGACCUCUUCUGCACUGUACUGUGGUCACACAGGAAUUCCCAUGUUCCCUGCUCCUUAGGAUUCCUUCCACACUUGUGCCCCAUUUCUGAGGACUCUUAGAGUCUUUCCCCUCCAAAUCUUCUGCCCUUUCCCCGUGUCCUUAUCUCCUGAGCUAUAGGAUAUUAUCUCACCUUUCUUCACAACUAGCACUUCCCAAUACAGUUGUCCUUUGUCCCCUUCCCUCACGUCAUCUUCCAUAUUCUUCCAUGCGGCCUCUGCAGCUGACCUGCUGUAGUCACAGGCAAACCUCCAGCCUCAUGUCAUGAAUCCAAGAUCUUAGACCCUGAAGUCCCCACUCUCUCGAUCUUGUCUCGUACCAUGACUGCUGCUGAACCAGCUUGCCCUGUAACUUCCUUCCUGUUAACCCUUUACCCUAUCCCUCCAACUCUUGAUCUCCAGAAUUUGCUUCUCCCAGUGUAGGCCCCAUGGUCAGUCACUCCCCUGAUGUUCUCAUUAGCAGCUUCAUUUUCUCUCACUCCCUUUAUCCACGCUCACUUAUCAGCCUUGGACCUACACCCUUGCACCCAUCUGCUACAGGUAGAACUGUGUUUCCUAAAAAAGGUAAAUUGUAUCCCUAAUCCCCAGUCCCUUAGAAUCUGACCUUAGUUGGAAAUAAGUUCUUUUAUUGAGGUAAUCAAAUUUAAAAUGAGAUCAUCAGGGUCAGUCUGAUUUAACUUGGUGGUUUUUUUUUUUUAAAAGGGAAGUUUGCACACACAGACACAGAGGGAAGGAAGAUGAGCCUGUGACUCUACAGGCCAAGGUAUGCCAAGGCUUGCCAGCAAACACCGGAAGUUAGAAGUGGUAAGGACGAUUCUCCCCUAGAGCCAUCAGAGAAGGCUUGGUCCUGCAGACACCAUCAUUUCUGAGUUCUUGCCUUCAGAACUGUUAUUUUAAGCCAAACUUUUUUGGUAGUUUGCUAUCUCGGCCCUAGGAAACUGAUAACACCACCAUUCAUUUUCUGUUUGAUUCUGACUUACUAAGUGUUGAUAUAUAAAGUCAUAAUAUUUGGCUGAUUAGAUUCUUCUACAGAAUUAAGGCUGUUCUCUUCAACUCAGUAGUCCUUCCUUUAAUUGACUUUUAUUUUUACUUCCAUAGCUUUUAUAUUCUACAUUAGCUUGAAGCCCUGCCCUCAGAACUACAAGCAGAUGUUCUCUCCAUCAUCCUUCCUACUUUCAAAUAAUAGGUAUCCCCACCUCCUUUCCAAGACUCUUCAUUUGUGACCUUAGCCCAUACCUGCCCACCUGUUCUACACCCUUGUAGCAUCUCUGUUGAUUUCUUCUUCUAAGUCUACAGUCUUAUUCAAGACCUUAUUCAAGGCUUUUUAACAACAAAAAGGCAUUUACCCUGCCAUCAGUCAAGCUGUUAUGCUAUGUCUUCUUCUUUACGUCUCCAAACUUCUUGAAAGGGUGUCUACACUUACUGGCUCAUUGCUCAGCUUCACCACGCUGCUACACAGCAUGAUCGUCAACUACAGUGAUAUUUUUCCCCCCCUUUUAAAUGCUCUGCUCCAUUUGGUGCCACUGACCACCCCUUAGAAGCUUGCUGUCUGUAGCAGCCAUACUGUUUGUUCCAGCACUGCUUUUGCAAGCUCUCAAGUGUUUGGCAUAUACUCUGUACAAAGCACUAUACUAAGUGCUAUGGAGUUUACCAGGAUGAAUAAACUGUAGAUUCCACCCUUAAGUAACUUAGAUUCUAGUGAGGCUAGCACAUUCACACCUGUCAACACAGAGCUGAAAGGUGUCGUCAUACAAACAGUUAAUGCAUGUGGGAGUUCACAGGAAGAUCACUUUAAGCCCAGAGAUGGGAAGAGCUCUAAUGAAGGGAAGUAAUUGCCUGCUUUGUGCAUUAAUUAGUUACAUAUGAGUGCCUCAAGCUGCCCUGGGGUCCUCUUUUUUACAGAGGCUUAUGCAGUGUAUUCAUGAGAAAAUAUUUUAAAUUAAGCAAAAAUGAACAAUUCAGAUUAAACUUGUUUUGGCCCACAUCCCAUACUUACCUUGGCCAUAAAAAGGAAGAAAAAGGCAAAGUGGUAAAAAGAAGAGAGGAAAGAAAAAUGAUGAGGUACUAUCCUCCCCUUGGGUUGCCUUGGCACCCGACCUUGGUUUUUGUUUUCCAACCUUCUUGUUGGCUGUGGAAUCAGACAGGUGUGUGAGAAGAUUGGUUUAGAUUCUACAAGACGUAGUCAGAGGCCUUGAAAGUAAGUUGAUAUGCCAGACACAGUGGCUCACGUCCGUAAUCCCAGUACUUUGGGAGGCCAGGCAGAAGGAUUGCUUGAGGUCAGGAGUUCGAGACCAGCCUGGCUAACAUAGCAAAACCCCAUCUCUACUAAAAAUACAAAAAUUAGCUGGGCAUAGUGGUGGGCACCUGUAAUCCCAGCUACUCGGGAGGCUGAGGCAGGAGAAUCCAUUGAAAAGGAGGCGGAGUUUGCGGUGAGCUGAGAUUGAGCCACUGCACUCCAGUCUGGGCAACAGCAAGACUCCAAAAAAGUUGAUUAAAACCUUUUUGUCACACUGAAAACAAUUAGCUUUGACAUUCUUUGUUGUCUUUGCGUGUCUUCCCUGGAAAUAUACUGCAGCAUUCUGUUUUUCUCUUUUUGCUGCAGCUUAUCUGAUGACCUUUGGGAAACCCUCUUUUUUUAACCACUGAGGAGAGGAAAAAAUAGCAGCUGUGGUGGAAGAAAGAACUUAGAAUUAGGUAUGAAAAACAUUUCUAGAAGCUCAUUGUGUCCCUUAGGCCCCCCAGGAAGCAGAUCAGCAUCAGAGUCAGAAGUAGCAGUGAAAGCAGUUUUGAGGGGGAUAAAGCCUGUGAAAAAUGAAUGGAGGUGGAAUUAGGAUUGGGUGGGGAAAGCCUUCAGGUGGAGGUCUUACAUCUGCAAAAGGAAAGAGAGGAGGAAGCGCCAUCGCCUAGCCUCUGUUGCUUGGGAAGCAGGGAGACUUUCAACAUCCAUCAUCCCUAUUGCCAGCAACACGGAGCACAACCUCCUUUGCUCUGGUGAGUCCUAGUCUACUACCAAACCUGGAGACGCAGGGGCCUGCUCACCAGUGCCGUCUCCCAGUACAUUCCCGAUGGCCUUGACAAGUGGUGUGCUACCUGGCCCUCCAGAGAAUGUAGUCCUCUGCUGGGUCUUCUGGCUUCCUGUGAUAUAUGUAUCCACUCUGGAAGCCUGCCCUGAGACUUUUCUUCCUGGGUCUGCCAGGCGAAUUGGGGUGUUUCAGUGUUUCUCAGUUCAGGCUAUCCCUUUCUCCAGGCUUUUUUUAUGAGCCAUCAUCACAGCAAGUCUGCAACACCCCCUGGAGUGUUAAAUCCCUUAAGCAUUUUAUGGAUUCUGAAUUGAUUAUUUAGAACUAAUUGGUGAAAUUGGCCCCAGACUUUAAACACCGUGAAGGCAGGCAUUCUGUGUAUCUUGUUCAUGGUUGUGGCCCAACACAGAGAACAGGCAUUACCAUGAGGAGGGGGCUUAUAAACAUUUAUUGAAUGAACUUUUUUUUAUUAGGUUGAAAGGAAGGUCUUCCAACUGAGGUAUAAUUCCCAGCAAGAAAUACUGAGAUGCUAGAAGCCAUAUGUCCUAAGCUGAGGGUUUAAUGCCAAUGAAAGACUGUUUGGAUUCCUACAACGUAUAAUGUAAGCCAAAAUUGACACUAGGAGGAAGGUUCAUGGGAAAAAAAAUAGGGGUGAGAAUGGAAUUCUCUCUACAUAUCUGUAUCCCACUUAACCUGCCACAAAGCAGGGAGUUAGGAAAUGAUGAAGCUAUAACAUAAAUCUUAUCAUUUCUAGACCAAUAAUAAAAGCCAAUAUUUAUUGAUCACUUAUAACCAUGUGCCAUAUUAAAUUUUUGUAUGCAUGAUCUAAUUUAACCCGCAAGAAUAUGACCAUUAUUACAGCUUUUCUUAUAUACAAAAUAACAAAGACUUAAAGAAGUGAUUAAAUCCCAGGUUUUCCUCUGUGAACUGGAGAGCCAGGGUCAAACCCAUAUCUUGACUCCUAAGGUGUACUCCCAAACUUGGAAGAUUACUGUCUUCGUUAAGUUCCCCCUACAGCAAAACAGGAGACAGAAAUUUGAAUGCAAUUACAUUAGUUAGAGAUGAUCUUACGAAAGCAGGUGAGGAAGGAAGAAAUUGAGACAGGGAAGGAAGGAGAGCCAGUGAAGGAUGCAUCAUUGAGUAGAUUGUGGGGACCUGCUCAUUCCUGCUGUGAACCAUCUGAGAGUGUAGAGAGCACACCUCAGCAGUUUCCUCUGAGAGGCAAGGAAGCUAGCUAGGUAUUUGCCCGUUCAGUCCAUUCCCUCAUUGGUUGGGAGCACUCCAGCCUACUCCUGGUGCAGCACCAUCACACUCCCAUGACCAGGAAACACCUUCAGGCAGAGACCAGGAAGAACUUAGAUUCUAGUGAGGCUGUCACAUUCGCACCUGUUACGACACAGUUUAAAGGCAUCAUUAGAGAAACACCAUCCACUGGUGGAGAACUGCAGUGGUCCUCGACCCAGAGUGAUUUUGUUUCCAGGGGAUGUUCGGUAAUGUCAAGGUAUUUUUUAUUACACCUGAGGGGCUGCUAUUAUCUCAUUCGUAAAGGUCAGGGAUGCUGUUAAACAGCUUACAGUGCACAGGACAGUCCCUCACAACAAAAACUAAAUGGUCCAAGACGUUAAUAGUGCCGACAUUAGAAACCCUGGCCUAGGGUGUCCGCAUGGGGCACUCACAGGACUUUUUCAGGGAAUGUAGAUGAGACCCAACAAUGAUAUUUGUAGCAAAUAGCUCAUUUACAAGUGAUAUUCCAGGCUAGAAGAAAAACUAAUAGUAGCUGUUUCUUGUCUAACUCUGAAUAAGUAUAAAAUAUGCAGUAUGCAGAGUAGGCCAUUAUUCUUCCUAAACAAGGUCCAUUAGAGAAAAGGGCAAAUGGCGAUCUAUAUGAUUUUGCUGUCUGGUUCUAACUGGAACAGGAGUUUUGAGUUCCAAAAUGCAGAUGCUGUGAAGUGACCUUGCUUGAGUCAGUAGAAGGUGAUUCCACUGGCACCCUGGGCAUAGGUGAGAAAGAGAUGGAGUGUAAAAAGGGCUCAGAGAGCUUUGGCUUUAGUGAGUCAUCGAAGCAGAAAAUGUACUGUGGUUGUAUUUUCAUGAACUUUUCAAACUCUGAAAAGAAUCCAUUUUUAAAAUUUUGCUUUAGGAAAUGGUUGGGAAGGAGUGCUUUUCAACAAAGGAAAAUUGCCUUUUAUGCUAAAUAACAGCGUCUUAGCUUGAAAAUAAUCUCUUUUUUUUUUGAGGCAGGGUCUCACUAUGUUGCCCAGACUAGAGUGUAGUGGCUAUUCACAGGCACGAUCCCACUACUGAUCAGCGCAGUUUUGACCUGCUCCAUUUCCAGCCUGGGCUGGUUCACCCCUCCUUAGGUAACCUGGUGGUCCCCUGCUCGUGGGAGGUCACCAUAUUGAUGCCAAACUUUGUGCGAACACCUGAUCAGCAUAGCACACUACGGCCCAGAACUCCUGGGCUCAAGCAAUCCUCCAGCCUCGGCCUCCCGAGUAGCUGGGACUACAGGCACGCGCCACCACACUGGGCAAAAAUAACCACUUAUUUCCUAUUGAUUUGGCUGAUAGUGCAUACUGCCUUGAGGAUGUUAUCACCUGUGUGCUCACAGGGAAAUCCAAACAAACGAUGGUGGCCACACUGCUGAGGUUGUGGCAGUAACCACCAGAAUCUUUUGUUUAAAACAAAAUCAUUGCCUGGGCUAUGUGUUUGUUAUGUAUGAAAGAUAUUCCAGAUCUGAGCUGGACAUGUUCAGAAAACAAGAAGUUUAUUCUUGUAAAAAGCACCUGAAAAUAAAUUUCAUUAUGGAUUUUAAAUGCUGGAUCAAGGACUAUGGUGAAGAUUUAUAAAAGGGGCAUUAUAACCUCUGAUGGACCCAGUGAUAGGAGACUUGGUUUUUUGUUUGUUUGUUUGUUUGUUUCCCAUGAUGCUUCAUCUCUGCAGAGUUCAAACUUCUAAUCCUUAAAACACCCUCCAAAGAGAAUAUGCCUACAAUAGUAGGUAGAAUAGACCAUGAAUGCCCAUUACAAAUGUCCUCCAUUGAUAGCAUGCUGGGCCACUGCUGGGGGUGGGUGUUUCCCAGGCUCUGGCUCAUUAGCAGUCAUGCUCCCACUGUGCGUGUGUGUGUGUGUGAGAGAGAGAGAGAGAUGAGUCUCAUUCUGUUUCCCAGGCUAGAGUGCAGUGGAACAAUCUCAGCUCACUGCAACCUCAGUCUCCUGAGUUCAAGUGAUUUUCUUGCCUCAGCCUCCCGAGUGGCUGGGAUUACAGGUAUGUACCACCAUGCCUGGCUAAUUUUGGUAUUUUCAGUAGAGGCUGGAUUUCACCUUGCGAGGCUGGUCUCAAACUCUUAACCUCAAGUGAUCUGCCCGCCUUGGCCUCCAAAAGUGCUGGGAUUAUAGACAUAAGCCACUGCACCUGGCCUUGCCUUCACCUUAAUCACAAAAAUAAUAUGUCAUGUGGAGACCAGGAAGGUAGAGAAAAAGAGAGUGCUAGGUAAAUGGUGGAGGUUGCAACUGAAAAUAGGGUCGUUAGGGGAAGGCCUUCCUGAGAAAAUGAUAUUUUAACAAAAACCCAUAUGAGUAAGAUUGAAAACCAUGGAAUCACCUGGAGAAAAAGCAUGUCCAGCAAAGGAAAUAGCACAGAGGCCUUGAGAUAAAAGGCUGAAUGCCUGAGGAGUAGCAAGGAGGCCAGUAUGGCUGGAGCCAAAUGUAUAAGAUGGAGAGAAGUGGGAAAUGAAGUCAGAGAGAAGGGGUAGAGUAGGGAUGGAUUGUGUAAACCUUCUUAGCACAUCAGUAAAGAUACUGGCUUUUACUCUAAGAUAAGAACUUACUCGAAGGCUUUGAGCAUGGGUGGCAUGAUCGGACUUAACAUUUUUAGAGGAUUACUCUACUGUAGCUGUGACAUGGAGAAUAAGCUAGGAGGGCAAAGAGGAAGCAAGAAGGUCGAUUAGGAUGCUACUGCAAUAAACCAGGAGAGAAAUGAUUGACUUGGACAAGGGUAGUAACCGUGAAUGUGGGCAGAAGGUAUCAGACUGAUAUAUUUUGAAGGUCAAGCCAGCAGUACUUGCUAGCCAGCUGAUUUGCUGAUGAUAAAACUUUUUUAUCAAAACAGCAAGAAUAUGUAUUUGCCAUUUUUACUGAGGUAGAAAAGCCUAGGGGAGAAGCAGUUUGCAAAGGGAGAUCAGGGGUUUGUUUUGGGACAUGUUACAUUUGAUUUAGGGUAUUUUAAAGACUCGUAUUGGACAUCCACAUGGAGAUUUUAAUGGGCACUGGACAUAUGAAUUUGGAGAUAAGAGAUGAUGUACAGCCUGCAGAUUGACUAUAAAAAUCAUCAGUUUGCUCAUGGGAUUUAAAUCCCUGAGGCUGCAUUAAAGCAGCAUGCAUUUCCGGUUUUAGUGGGAACAGACUGAGCCAUGAAGUAGAGCUGUGUCUGUUGGUGUAUGGAGAAAUCUCCCCGUGAAUCAAGCCUCAGAAGCCCUGCUCCACCAUCUGUGAAAACAUUGCCAGUAACCCCUAGAGAAGUAUCCAGAAGAACUGCUCAUAUUAAAGGAACUGGGUGUGAGCAAAACUGUAUAUAUGGCUCUGGUAAAUUUCCAAGACAUACAAUAUAAGAUCAAAGAGGAAAUAAUGAUCUGGAAUUAUGCAAGCGACCAAGAAUUCAUGAGUCAGGAGUGUGUUAAAAAAGCAUUGUAGAGAUAUAGAAAAUCAUCCAGGGGCUGGGUGUGGUGGCUCACGCCUAUAAUCCCAGCACUUUGGGAGGCCGAGGCGGGUGGAUCACGAGAUCAAAAGAUCAAGACCAUCCUGGUCAACAUGGUGAAACCUGUCUCUACUAAAAAUACAAAAAAUUAGCUGGGCAUGGUGGUGCGUGCCUGUAGUCCCAGCUAUUCGGGAGGCUGAAGCAGGAGAAUUGCUUGAACCCAGGAGGCGGAGGUUGCGGUGAGCCAAGAUCGUGCCAUUGCACUCCAGUCUGGGUAACAACAGUGAAAUUUUGUCUCAAAAAAAAGAGAUCGAGACCAUUCUGGCCAACAUGGUUAAACCCCAUCUUUACUAAAAAUACAAAAAUUAUGGCACGUGCCUAUAGUUCCCAGCUACUCAGGGGGCUGAGGCAGGAGAAUCACUUGAAUCAGGGAAGUUGGAUGCUGCAGUGAGCCGAGAUACACCACUGCACUCCAGCCUGGGAAAGAGCGAGACUCUCUCUCAAAAAGAAAAAAAGAUAAUCAUCCAGAAUGAGCAGUAUAAUUAAGAAGAGAGAGAAAAUAUGGUCACAGGACCUCAUCAGACCUUCGUUGAUUUGCUCAGAAGACAGGAAAAAAGAAACUGAAGGAAAGCUGCCACCAACUUUCCCCCCUCCACUGUGCCUAAAUGGGGAAAGAAGAAGAUGUAAACAACAGAGCAGGGUUCAGGUAGGGUGACUAGUCCUCACUGGUUCCCAGGACUGAGGGGUUUUCUGGGACACAGGACUUUCAGUGCUGAAAUCAGGGCAGUCCUGGGCAAACCAAGAUAGUUGGCUGCCCUGGCUUCAGGCCAGAAGGAAGGCUUCCUGGAACUGAACAAUUUGGCAGUGAAAGAGAAAACAACUUAUUUACUAUUUAAUUUGAGUCUGAUAGAUAAAAUUAAAAUCUGUAAGUGAUGAUUUCCCACCCUGAGUGCUCACAUGCUUAACCCUUUAAUUUCUGGAAGGAUUUCAGAAUCCCUCUUAGCAAGUAGUGAUUUCUGAUAGGACCGUUCAGUACCCUCCCUAUGGUCUGGAGGGUUUGGAGGGGAAAUGUAAGAUCAAAAGGAGUGGAUAUGACACACAAAGGGUAUCACAAUGACUCAGGACAGGCCGCAGUAGUCUUUUGAGGCCAAAGGACCAUCUCGCAGACAAGCAGGGCCAGGUCCUGGAGGUCUCUAUUGAGAACCUUAUGGGGAUGUUUUCUGUGGCCACAUGCGGGAAACUGAAGUGCCAGGGCCUCCCUGUCUACACGCUGCCAUUGUAAACAGUCUGUGCACCUUAACAUAUGUUGAUCUUGCUCUCUGCUGAGCCGCUGUGUGAGCGCUUGCCUCUGUCUGGAAUUUAGUUUCUAUCCAAGCAGUGCACACAUGCGUACGCACGUGUACACACACACGCUCCAGAGCUCAGCCAAGACAUCAUUUGUGGUACUUUUCCAGUGGUCACCUAAGCUCGCUCUUGAAUUUUAGGAGGCUUGUCACAAUGUGGUGUCAUUGCCUCUACUGGCCUGUCUUCCCCCAAUCAGUUAGGGCAGCAGUUAGGUUUUGUUCACCUUUAAGUCCCACAAUAUAAUCCACUGCUGGGUACAGGGUAAAGGUGCAAUAAUCCUUUGGAUGACAGAUAGGAAAUCCUACUUUUGUUAGAUAGUCUUUGCUACAUAUAUAAUCACUUUUUCCAAACAACUGUUAGUUCCUGGGUAUGAGUCAAAUCCAUAACAUAUCGUGUUAUUUAGAUUGAGGAUCUUUAAUAGAGAGCAAGGAACUAAGAGAAAGAUAAGGUACUGAGCACAAUCACUGAAUAUGACAGGUUCUGCUCUGGUCUAUUUUUCUUUUUGUUUUUCUUUUCUUUCUCUCUUCAUUUUUUUUUUUAAGAGACAGUCUCUCUCUGUUGCCCUGGCUGGAGUGCAGUGGCACAAUCAUGGUUCACUACAGCCUCGAAUAUCUGGACUCAAGUGAUUCUUCCACCUUGGCCUCCCAAAGUACAGGGAUUACAGGCUUGCACCACCGCACCCAGCUAUCCUUUUUCUUUUCAAGCAAUAAUUUUAAUUCCUUCCCUUUACCUCCCAGUUUCUGUCCUUAAACUCUCACAUCCUCUAGGGCUUGGCUAUAAAAGUUAAUGAGGUGGCAGUUGCAAACAUUAGCAAGACCCUUUUGGCAGUUCACCAAAAGCCAGAGAGCCCAUCUUGAAAAGAACAUCAUCACCCCUGCCGUCGUGAGUGGUAAAGCCCGACUCAGGAACACAAAGCAAAGGACAGCAUAGCUCACACAGGAACUUUUGCCACUUUUGUAUUUUAUUGUGGAACUGAGUUUUGUUUUGUUUUGUUUUUUUUCCUUUACAUCAAAUAUCCUCAAUGGAAGAGGGGAUAUUGCACACAAAUAUCAUAAAAGCACUACAUAUUACUUUCACUGGAAACUAAUUUUCUACAUUAGAUAUGACUGGAUAGGAUAGAAGUGAUGCAGGAUUAUAAGACAUAAUACCAUACACAGCUGCAGACUGACACAAACACCAUUCAGAACAAGAGAGAGGAGUGUGAAGUGCUUCUCGGCCGGGCUCAAGACCACUUCUUCCCAGUGCUGGAAAGAGGCUGCAUGCAGUGCAGGAAAAGCAUGUCUCUGAACUGCCACAGGGUGUUCUCGUAAGGGCAGCCCGGUCUCGAUGCCACUUCUCCGUGGCUCCCAUUUUGGGGAGCUCCAAACAAGUGCAGAGAAGCUGCUUAUUUUUUCCCUUCCUUUUCAGUUUUUGAUGCUGCCUUUAAAAAUUAACUUCAUGAAGUCACAGAUUUUUUUAACAGUAAAUAGUUUGAAUACCAGGUGAAUAACCUAAUUGCUUUCAAAGAAAUGCUCAUCCCUAGGCUGCUUUUGGUGUAUUGUUCAGUUGGUUAAAAGAUAAAAGCUUAACAGUUCCUUUCAAAUGGAAACAGGAUCUUUUCUUCUAAAUCCGAAGCGCAAAAAAAAAAAAGUUAUUAUCCUAACUCACAAUAUCAUUACUGAGCAGGAACCUCCUGUGACAGGUGACUACAAGAGAGGCAAGAAAAGCAAUUUCAAAAUUGUAGCAGCUCCUAAGAGCUGAAAUUUGGUAACAGAGGGAAAAUGAAAGGUGGUAAGAUUUCCAUUAGCAAAUGAUUAAAUCUUAAUUAAAUGAGUAUUUGGAAAGCUCCUAGACUGUACGCUAUUGGAGACACUUAAAACAUUCAUAUACACUGGGGAACCAUUCACUAUGAUAUGCAACAUUAAGAAAAAAAUUUUUUUGAACUCCAUGGAAAAUGGUGUUUAAGGGGGGAAGGGGAAGUUAGUCAUUGUAUCCAGUCCCACCACAAGACUGAGAAAGCAUGCACAGGGCUUGGGGUUUUGAGAAAGGGGACAGAAUUGGUUAAAAUUGAAAAUGGAGGAUCAUCUCUAACAUUUAGUCUCUGUAGAAUUUUAUUUAAGAAUAUUACCAAAAAGGUCAUGAUCAUGAGUGCUAUCUUGAUAGAAUCUCAUCAUUUAAACAGAGUAUAAACUCCUUCCACUCAAAUCUUCAAUCUAUACAACUGGAUUAAGUAAUCAGUAUGAACAAAGCUCCUAGAAGUCUGUGUCGAUCUUUUGCUCUCACCAUGAAGGUGCAUUGUGAUGGCUGUAACCAAACUAAUCGUGUAUUUAUGGAACUAGCAAAAUUAGGUUAGUCACACAGGCAGGAAAGGUGUCUGGAAGGACAGGAGCAAGCUGUAAUGCAAAUAUUGGUUUUCUUGGUAUACUCAGGCUCUGUGGUUAUCAGUGAGAACAAUGGAUGGAGAAAGGUACUGAUAGAUUUCAUAGGAAAAAGAGCCAGCUGACUAGUGACAGUUUUUAUAUAUUUUUUCCCAUUAAAUCCCAUAGCAAAAAAAAAAAAAAAAAAAAA